AUGAAAGAGGCCGCGUCCGCGACUGUGGCAGCGUCACCAGCGCCGGCCUACGAGUCCGUCUUCGUUUUUCUUAGCACACUGGCGGAGUGGCUCAAGCAUGCGCGGGAGCGCCUGACGUGCCGAGAUGAAGUCGGCCGCCACGCCACUGUCGUGGAGGUUCUCACCCACCAUCACGAACGCGCGUAUGGACGACUGGCAGAAUUCGUAUGGCGCCAUGCAGCUGUUAUCAGCGACGUGGGCACAUCGCUUUUCCCCUCCGCUGCUGUCGAGCUGACGGCGUGUGUGCUGCUGCGCCUCCUCCUCCUCCUCCUUGCGUGGUGGAUGCUGCUGCGGCUGGUGCGCACAACCACCGCACCUCGCUUGCGCGCUCGCCAGAUCGCAGUGCAUCCUCACAUGCAUCAGCCAAAGUGCAUCGGCAAUGCGCAAGCUGUGGAAGCGUUUAUUCGGCCCGACGCCGCCCAGCGCGGCAUCAACACCACACUGCUGUGGACUGUCAGUGCCUGCGGGCUAGUGGCAUGCGUGCUUAUCCUGGGUCUGCUUACAAUGCAUAUAUGGAUGGAUGUGGUGUUGUGGCGCUUGCUCGAGCGCUGGUUCAGUCCACUGUGGCAGGCGCAGGCUUGGGUGUCGUCGCGUGCGUUGUGGACCUCUAACGACUCGUGGCAGGGAUCGCUGCGAGCAGCUGCCGCCCCCAUAAUAAAGCACUACACAUCUUCUUUCUUUGGUGUUGCUUCUGAGUGCCAUUUACACUUGCUCAGCAGCUUUGCGUGGCUGCGUCGAGUGACCCAGCAGGUGAAAAUGGUCUACCUUUGGGGUGUGAUAGGAGGAACCGUGUUGGGGGUGGCGCUUUGGCUGCUUAGCUACGCCUCUAGGCUACUGCGGAACUACAACGAGAGUCUGCCGUACUUCGAAGAGAACGACCCUCUACUGUGCUGGCUGGCUCAGCAAGAAGCCGAGGCCACCCAGCAGCGUAACAAUGCGGCGCUUGUCGCUCUUCUGGAAAGCCAACGUAGGCAAGAGCGGGUAAUGGAGAGGCUGACGAGCUCAUUGACGCCCGCAGUUCAAGAGCAGCAGCAGUCUCUCUCAGUGGCGAAAAAGAGAGAAAGCCCACAGCGCCUGGAAGACAACGCCACCAACGCGGCGACGGCAAAUGACACCAAAAGCGGACGCCCCCUGUUCGACGAUGAGACAGCUGCAGCCAAAACAAGCGCUGUGACCAUUGCCACAGACGGCAGCGAUGACUGCAGUGCAGGAAAGUCACGUGAGGGAUCCGGACCUUUGUCUUCUAACGUGUUGACCGCCGCCUUCGAAGAAGCAGUGGCGGCAGCUUCAGCGACGCGAACUAAAGGAACAACGGGCACUAGCUGUCAAACAGCACCGCAAUCGGAGGAAGCUGAGGCAGCAACAGCAGCCACAAUGUCGCAGACAGAAAGAGAAGAGAGCCCUGGAGUCUAG